AUGACACAGACGACAUUGCUUCAGUAUGAAGCUCCCUGUAAGUAUCAUUGGCUUUUAUGGUCCUCACCCAUUCAUUCACCCAUAGGGCCGGUGCAUAGCCUCGAUUGGUGCAAGUCUUCAGCACCUGGUCAACAGCUUCGGCCCCGAUCAGCCUUUCGCCUAGGGAUUGCGUCCUUCGCAGAGAAUUAUCAGAAUCAUAUCGCAGUGGUUGGACUCCAGGACGAACGAGUACUCGUCGAAGAUGAUUUCACCGAUUACCCCGAUUUCGUCACUUUGUGCGAAACAUACCACGGAUACCCAGCGACAAGUUUGCAGUGGCAACCCGCAUCAGCAAUGGGUCACUCUUGGUCUCAGAAAUCACCGAACUCUGAGCUGCUGGCCACUACCGGGGAUGCACUGAGAGUCUGGGAAUAUAGCAGUGAUGGACCCUCGGCUACCUCGAGCUACCAGUCCAAAGUGCAAAGCCAAUCCACUGGAGCGCCACUGACAAACUUUUCUUGGAAUGAAAAGGCUCCUAAUCUCAUCGUGACAUCCUCCAUUGAUACGACAUGUACAGUCUGGAAUAUUGACACAUCCACAGCAAUGACACAACUUAUUGCGCAUGACCGGGAAGUCUACGAUGUUGCCUGGCUGCCAGGAUCCACAGACAUUUUUGUAUCUGUUGGCGCAGACGGGAGCCUUCGUGCAUUUGACCUUCGAAGUCUUGAGCACUCCACAAUUUUGUAUGAAACACCAGCUCCCAAGAAUCUUCCACCUCCAUCGGCAUCUCCCUCUGCCUCGGCCCGCCCACCUACUUCACCUCUUUUGAGAAUCGCCUUCAACCCGUCAGACUCCAAUUACAUGUCGACGUUUCAUAUGGACGGCUCUGAUGUUCAAAUAUUGGACAUGCGAAGUCCAGGCCAACCAGUGAUGGAACUUCGAGGUCACCAUGCACCUAUCAACGCUCUCGGGUGGGGGUCUGCAGAGCACCCACUUUUGGCAACAGCAGGAAAUGCGGGUUCACGGUUAAAUUCGCCGCGACCCGACGCUAAGAAAAAAAUUGUUACGGAGCCUUUCAUGGCGUACACUGCACCUAGUCAUAUCACAAAUUUGGCUUGGUCGCCGCCAAUACAGGGCAUGACCAUGAACACGGGACAUAUGACUCUUGCAGGGGAGUGGCUGGCCAUUGCUUCAGGUAAAACUAUCAAAGCUUUGAAAGUGUAA